AUGCUCGCCUACAACGGUGGCUGCCUCUGUGGCAACAUCCGUUAUAUGUAUAGCGCAGAACCGACAAUGAAAGUUCUCUGUCACUGCAGCGAUUGCCGCAAGAUUAGUGGCAGCAACUAUAGUGUUAAUCUUCUUAUUCCUGAAGCGGCAUUCCAAGUAACUACUGGUACGCCAAAAGUGUUCAAUAAAGUUGCUGAUUCUGGCAACAUUAUCAAUAGCUACUUUUGUGGUGAUUGCGGUAGUACGAUAUGGCGUGAAUCUGCUAAUUGCGGGCCCAAUAGAGUUGUCAAGGCUGGAACUUUGGAUGACAGUCGCAGGAUUAUAUCAACUGCGGUAUUUGAUGCAGAGGUGUUUACGCGCUCGAGGGUGGAAUGGGUGCAAUCUAUAGCUGGUGUGAGCCAGAGAGUUGCGGGAUAA